CUGCUUUGUGCCAAGGUCUCUGCUGCAACCAUCCAUUCUAUAAACACGAGAAAUGCCAGGAGAUAGAGAAGACAGAUGAAAAAUCACCCUGUCUUGAGAGUGAUGUCCACAUUUGUGUAGUUCUUGCUUAAUUCUGGAUUUUGCCAUCCAAGGAUUAUUGUCUUGGGCGUGACAAUUUAUUAUCUGUUUAUGUUCAAUGGGGCUACGGAUUCACUUUGUGGUUGACCCUCAGGGUUGGUGCUGCAUGGGCCUAAUUAUCUUUGUCUGGCUGUACAAUACAAUCUUCAUCCCAAAGGUCAUCCUUUUUCCUCAUUAUGAAGAGGGAAAUAUUUCAGUUGUGGCAGUUUUGUGUUAUUACUUCUGCUCAUUGUUUUGUAUAGCUUCAUUAUUUAGAGCCUCAGUAGCAGAUCCAGGAAAACUACCUGAAAAUCCAGAAAUACCAAUUACAGAGCGAGAGCAUUGGGAGUUAUGUAACAAGUGCAAUAUGAUGAGACCAAAGCGUUCACACCAUUGCAGUCGCUGUGGACAUUGUGUGAGGAGGAUGGAUCACCACUGUCCAUGGAUUAAUAAUUGUGUUGGUGAAGACAAUCACUGGCUGUUUUUGCAGCUGUGUUUCUACACCCAGAUCCUUAGUUCCUAUACACUGAUACUUGACUUCUGCCAUUACUACUACUUUUUGCCUCUGAAAAAAGAAAACUGGGAUGUGUUUGUAUUUAGACAUGAACUUGCUCUCCUAAGAAUAUCUGCCUUCAUGGGUCUAAUAAUAUUAGGUGGAAUAAGUCGACUCUUUUACACUCAGCUAAUGGGUAUUUUCACUGACACUACAAGUAUAGAAAAAAUGUCUAACUGUUGUGAAGACAUAUCGAGGCCCCAGAAGCCGUGGCAGCAGACCUUCUCAGAAGUUUUUGGCACUCACUGGAAGAUCCUGUGGUUUAUUCCUUUCAGGCAGCGGCAACCACUGCGAGUUCCCUACCACUUUGCCAGUCAUGACUAAACAGAUGGAUGGUGGGCACAGAUGGGUCCUCCAUGCUGGAAGUGCAUUACAGGUUUUAUGAUAAUAGGACUGUGACAGUCUUCAAGUCAAUUAAAAUCCAGUCAUAGGCAUCACCGUGUGGCCCAGGCAUUAUUUUAGUUAUGGUCUUGAUUUUAUUCUGAAAUUAAGGCAAGUUAAACAAUCAACUUCAGGCUUAUUUUCUUUCAAACUAGCUUUCCGAAGAGAUUCCUUUUGUCUUUGAGGUUAAUACCAAAAGCAAACAAUGGGAAUGUAGUCUUCAUCCAGUUUGAUACUGGUUCUUUCUUUUUCUUCCUUUUUUUUUCCUUUUCUUUCUCCUUCUGUUUUAAUUUUUGUGUCGAAAGCACUGAAGUUUACAUUGGUGGUUAGCUUUCUCACUAAGUGUCUUAUUCUGCCUUGAAAUUUUUUUAGAGUUUUUAUCAGUAGGUCAGUCUGGAUAAUAAUAAUGUCUUUUUUUCUGCUGCAUAUGUUUAAAAUUCCAUGAUUCCAUGAGUUAUUUAUGAUAUGCAAAAGUAAUCCUGCAGCACUGCACUAUAAAAGGUAACAUUGAAAGCUGAAGCAGAGUACUUCCUAAGCCUUUCUCAGAGAGGUUUUGUAGAGGCACACAAAUGUGUGUGUUUACAUAGAGAACAGCUUACAGUUACCUUCUGGCCUAGAUAUGAUGUUAGUGAAAAGUGUUCAUGUCUUUAUGUCAAUGAGAGGGAUUAAAUAUUUCAGGGUAAACUAUGCAGAUACUAUGCAUGUUUUCCCUAAAUCCCAAGGAUUUGAAUCAGCAAUAAUGAACAAAGAAGUUGCAUGGUGGAAAUAUUAUAAUGAUUACUUUUAAAAAAUAUAGAUGUAGUUAGUUGGCAUAAUGUGUCAUAAAGAAUAGUAUAUUGUCAAUAAAAGUUUAAAAUUUUAUAUUUACUUUUCUUUAGUCUUGAUUAGCUGGAAUUGGUCUAAGUGUUUGUAUAUUUAAAAUAAAAUUAAUUAAUAUUUAUACAUAUUUAUAGAUUUGCUAUUAACACGAACAUUGAAGUAUAUAAACACAUUUAAUAGGAUACUAUGUUAAUGUUGAUAGCGUAUAAGUGUGGAAGUAGUUAACCAAAGAAAGCGUCUUUCAGAUCUGGUAAAAUGAUAAAUAUUUCCAAAGUACUAGCUCGGUCUUCCUGUCUCUGAAAAAGUUAUGUACCUGCUUUAGCUCUCCGUAUCUAUACAAAUAUUAACUUCAUGAUUGUGAAAACUACUAUGGAUUUCUAGGAGAAAUUCACAACUUGGUGUUUCCAGCUAUGCUGCUUACUGUGUUUUUUGAGUAGUCUAACAGGACUAGGAACCCCCUUAAACAACAGCCAUGCAGCAGGACACAGUAAAAGACACAAAAUCAGGAUUUUAUACAUGUAGAUUGUGCAGAAAGUAAUAGUUUAUUUGUGAACAGUUACUUCGAAAAAGAAGAGUAAGAAUUUUCAUGACUGGUGUUCGCAAAAAAUUUUUAGAUCAACUCUCUUAAAGUCUUAGUACAGUUAGUGCCAAUCUUAGGUGUCCCUUUAUUGAAUUAACAGAUUUUGAUAAUCCACUGAAAGUUCCAAGAAGUGCAUCUUAAAAAUCACUUGAACUUAAAACUUUUGUAAAUGUCUAACAUUUGAUCCAACUUUACUUUUCCUGUCCUAUUAAAAACAGAUGCAAUGUUUCCUUAAUUUAAAUUUAAGCCUAAUGGUCAGCUAUUUUCCUUUUUAUUUUUCUCAUGCCAGUUGUAGUGAGGUUAGGCUUUCUUUCAAGUGGUAUUGACAUAUUGGCAGCAAUAUUUAAACAAAAAGAAGCUUGAGGAAAUGGAUUAAAAGACUGAAGCAGUG